AUGUCUAUUAGUUGGGGUGCUCAGUAUCCAAAGCUCAAAACCAAUUUACGGUUAGCAAUCAAUCGAUUGCAACUUCUCGGCAAAAAGAAAACCGAGAUGGCGAUGAAAGCGCGCACGGAAAUCGCCGAUUAUAUUGCAGCAAAUAAACCGGAUCGUGCUCGAAUUCGCGUCGAGCACAUUAUUCGAGAAGACUAUGUUGUUGAAGCGUUCGAAAUACUCGAAAUGUACUGUGAUUUGCUGCUAGCAAGAUUUGGAUUAAUAGAACAAAUGAAAACACUUGAUGAUGGAAUCGCCGAGGCUGUUAUCAGCAUCAUGUGGUCAGCACCACGACUGGCCACUGAUAUCGCCGAAUUCAAAACAAUCAGCGAUCAGCUUACCGUAAAAUACGGCAAACCGUUUGCCGAGGCUGCCAGAGCGAAUCAACUCGAAUAUCCGGCUCGAGUUAACCCGAAAAUCAUCUCGAAACUUGGAGCCGCUGCUCCACCAAAGCUGCUCGUCGAGAGAUACAUGAUUGAGAUCGCUGCAGCCGCCAAUAUUCCGUUUGUUCCUGAUCCGGAUGUAAUGCGUGAAGAUGAAGUGCAUCAAGCCGAACAGAUCUUGAUUGAUUUCAAGAAUGCUGGCGGACAUGGAGGAGACCCAUCAGAGAAUUCAUAUGGAGGAGGAGGAAGUUCACAUGGGGGAAACAGUAGCGGCGGCGGUGGAAGUCAGUACGGCUGGAAUUUAGACGGAACUCCAAUUGGUGGUGGAGCUGCUCCUGCUCCUCCAGGAAUAGGGCUAGGCGUUGUUCCCAACAUUGUGCCGCCAUACAAUUCAAACCCGAAACCACCAAUUGACGACGAACACAUUUAUGAUCAAAUUCCUUCAUCGCCUGGAAACAUCUAUGAGGUGCCGAAGCGGGAUAACUAUGAUUAUCCACCGGAUAGUUUUCCACAAAACAGCGAACCGAAUCCUGGAGUAAUCAAUUUGCCGAAAAUCGGUGCUAAUGGAAUGCCAAUUUAUUCGGACUCGACUGCUGACAAAGCUUAUCCGGCUCUAUCGCAAAGAAACUCACUCAUCCAGCCGCAGAUUCCACCGAAUCAUCCAACAGCGCCACCACAGAGCCUUAGAAAACCAGAUGAUAUCAAUGAUCUCAAUUUCCCGGAACCACCAACAACUUUUGUGAGCAAGCCGGGAGGCGGGUCAGGAUCUGGAGCAGGAGGAUCAGGCAACAGUGGAGGUGGAAAUGGAGGAGAUCUUGACUUCGAUGACCUCGCGAAACGAUUUGAUGCUCUCAAGAAGCGCAAUAAUUGA